AUGGGUUGUCUUGACGCACGGCGAAUAGGACGAUCAGGUGGCGAACGACAAGUUUCUCAGGGAAUAAACAGGCGACAGGUGUCGGAAACACCACGUCUUCCGGAAAAUCUCGGAACACGGACUCUCCUGAAACAGCUAAUUAAAGACGAUAUGUCUCUAAGAAUAUGGAAUACAAAACUACGGAACCUGGUUAAAUGGCUGCAAAGAGGCGUCAGUCGUCUGCACGAUAUCACGAAAGACUCCAGAAUGAGACCUAAGACUCGGACUAGCCAUAUUUGUCUCUCUACAAACGAUGAAUGGUACCACGACCCAAUUUCCAGGACGUGGUCAUGGCUGGGGUGACACACGUACUGCGCAUAACCGGAACUUGGACCUUAUUAUCCCGUGAUAAAAUAUCGCUCCGACAUCAGAGGAACAAACACCUACAAGUGUUUAAUAAAUAACAAACAAUCUGUUUGAGGAAAACGGAUCAAUUUGUUGUUCUCGAAACAAACACUGAUGACGCUAAAUGAGGUUUUCAUUAAUCCGGACAGUUCGUUAUUGCGGAUAUUUCGGUAAAUUAACUGGACUUUAUGUGCUGAGCUAAUCAAAAGCAAACUUUAGCAGCGACUGCAUUUCAUUGAUACCGGAAUUACAUUUUGUCACAAACAGUGACGAGAUUACAUUGGAAAACUAAAUUGUGGUUCAAGCUCGAACGAAUCUGCCCAAUGACUCCGUAAACUGUGAUGACACGAGUGCUACAACAUUUAUCUCAUUAAAUUUAAUUUGUAAAAUUGCAGUAUUCAUAUAAUUAAACAAGUUCUUUCAAAUCGCCUAUAAUUUACACGCAAUACAAUAUGAUUGUGAAAAUCGUCCGAUUAAAACACAGCAAAACGUAAAUGUGGUUCAAAUCAAUAACCGAUUACAUUGUCCAUGGAUUCAUCAUUGCCAUAGCAAAUGGCCCAACUUAAAAACCUUCAAAAGAGUUUAUCUCGCUUGGGGAUAAAGCCAGAGCACGUGUUUAGUGAAGUGAUAGUAGGAUUCAGAACGAAGAAAAGUGGCCGGGCUACCAGGCAUGCUUCUGACCAAUGCGGGACUAAAUAAUCGGCAUGUCGUUCGAUCGUUCAUCAGAAUACUCCUAUAUAUAGCUACAUGUAUACAUAAAUACUUAUAUUUGUAA